CUUCCUUCGCUUAAUUUAGGCAAUGGCACCAUUGACUUCCCCGAGUUCUUGACAAUGAUGGCACGCAAAAUGAAGGAUACCGAUAGUGAAGAAGAGAUCCGAGAAGCCUUUAGAGUAUUUGAUAAGGAUGGCAACGGCUUCAUUUCAGCGGCUGAAUUACGUCACGUCAUGACAAACUUGGGUGAAAAGUUAACAGAUGAGGAAGUGGAUGAAAUGAUCCGGGAGGCUGAUAUCGAUGGUGACGGUCAGGUCAAUUAUGAAGGUUAGCAUCUUCUGCUACACAA